UACGAUUCCGAUGAUCAUUAUGAUUAUUCUGAUGUCCAUGUCCUUGAUUUGAUACAUCAUUUGAUUUUGUUCAUUUUAUUUCUCGUAUUGGCUUUUAUUCAGUUUCCACUGUUUUGAUCCAAUCCUCUGUUUUGGUCCAGUCCUCUGUUUUGGUCAAAUCCUCUGUUUUCGUUAUGAUCUAAAAAAUCCUCUAUUUUGGUCAGAUCCUCUGUUUUUCGUUAUGGGCUGUACGAGCUCCAAGCACCGUAAACGUUGCCUCCACUGCCGGCAAGGAUAUUCUCCGGUGGACACGCCAAGUAGCAACUCGGUGCACCGCCCACCGCAACAAUCCGAAGACAUGGUGGCUCUCGGUUCCUCCACCCUCGGAUCUCUCAAGCUCUGCUACUCCUCUUUCGGGCAUAGCCGCAUACACUUGGCAGAUGUCACAGGGAAACUUGUCGCCGACCAAUCUGGAGAGAACCGACAAGAAGAUGGAGACAAGGAAAAGCAAGCUAAGCUUAUGGAAGCUAAAGUAUGGUCGAGUAUGAUGAACGAGAAGAUCCCCAAGAUUGUCCCCAAGACUCCAAUCUUGACGCCUCCUGGAGAGCCAGAAACGAUCAACACGUGGGAGAUGAUGGAUGGACUUGAAGAUUCCAUUAGCUCUCUUCCAUCAACUAGUCACGUUAGGAGCUUCUCGUUUGAUGUUGCUUGUCAUGGUGAUUGUGAACGUUCCAAGGAGAACGGUAAUGUGAUACUCUACUUCACAAGCCUUAGAGGUGUAAGGAAGACAUAUGAAGAAAGCUGUGAUGUCCGGAUUAUACUAAAAAGCCUCGGGGUUAGGGUGGAUGAGCGUGAUGUUUCGAUGCAUUCGAGUUACAAAGACGAGCUCAAGGAGUUACUAGAGGGUAAACUCAAUAAUGGUGUUGGGAUCACCUUGCCUAGAGUUUUCUUGGGGAGGAAGUAUCUUGGUGGAGCAGAGGAGAUUCGAAAGUUGAAUGAAGAUGGGAAGCUCGAGAAGGUUUUAGAAGGGUGUGACAGGGUUGAAGAGAAUAAAAAUGGUAAUGGGAAAGAAUGUGAGGCUUGUGGAGAUAUAAGGUUUGUGCCAUGUGAGAGAUGUUCAGGGAGCUGCAAAGUGUACAAUGAAGAUGGUGAAAGUGUAAAGGAAGAUAGAGAGCAUGGUUUUCAAACAUGUCCUGAUUGUAAUGAGAAUGGACUCGUUAGAUGUCCUGUUUGUUGUGAUUAGCUGUUUGAAUACACACACAACAGAGAACCUUGCUCUUCGUUUUGUUUGUUUUAAUUCAGGUUUGUGUGUUGAGUGCUUUAGAGUUUUCUUGCCUCUAUAGAAUUUAUUGUACAUAUGUAAAGAGGUUUUUGAUUGUG